CAUUUAUGUUUAUACUUUAAACAAGAAGCUGUUGGUGUUCUCAGAAUAAUGGAUUGUCCACCACAGAGUCCAGACCUCAACAUCACUGAAUGUGUAUGAGAUUUCGCGUAUCGUGAGAAUUGGAAAACAACCAAGUUCUAAGACUGAACUUCAGAGGUGUGGAAAAAUAUCCCUGCAGAUGUCUUUGACAAAAGAAUGGAAGCUGUAAUAAAGGCGAAGAAUGUGAUAUUUUCUGUUAAGCUUUGACUGGAAAUUCAGUAAAUGAAAGGUAGAUUUUGACUUUUGUAAAAAAGAAACUUAAAAAAAUUGAAAAUGCUUCUUUUGGCAACACUUUGCCCUCAGCCCUGUUACUGGAGUAUGUUAGAUCUGUUCAUUUCACAGUUUCUUUCUCUGACAUGUUUUUCUGACUAAGCUGAAUAUCAUCAAGAAGGGCUGCGGUAUGUAACCGUUUGGUGGCUGGAGUGUGGCGCAAUUUGUGUUCACUGUAGAUGUACAAGGCUUAGCGGAAGCUCAGGCGACCAUUUUUGGCCACUUGUUUGUGAAGCGGUGCUGAAGUUCCCCUCACCCACUGCUGCGCUGUCAAGUGUCUCUGAGAACCAGAGCUGAAGGACGUGGAGUGAAGCUGUGCUAUGGAUGUGGUUGCAAAAGAAGGCUCCCUGUUUAUACAGGGGGUCAAAUUUGGAAAAAGGAUCUGGCGGAAGACCUGGGUGAUCCUGUUUGAGCCCAGUCCCACGGGGAUCGGUCGAUUAGAGAUGUACGACAUGCGAGACGGAGGGUCCCCCCCAAAGCCUGUGGGGCUGAAGAAGCUCGAGAAGCGGGUGGUCCGGCUGGCUGACUGUCUUAGCAUUACUCCAGCCCCAGGGGAGAGUUGCCCCACUGAGUGCGCCGCUUUCUACCUGAACACUGCCGAGCGUACCUACACACUGGCAGGCCCCAAGCAGGAUGAGUGGGUGCCCACCCUCUGCCAGCUUGCCUUUCAGAGGAACGAGGGGGGCAGCGAUUCCAAGAGACCGCAGCAAAACAAUGACAUGUCCAUGUCUAACAACGACCUCUACUCCACCUGGAGUCCAGGCCAAUACCAGGUAAAAGUGCUGAGCUCCGAGGCGUCCGUGCGAUGCUGCAUGUCUGGAUCGUACCUGCUAUCCCCAGAGAAAGAUGCCCUGUGCCUUUUGGACCUGAACACUGGAAAGACUGCGUUCUACUGGCCGUACCGGUUUCUACGUAGAUUUGGCCAGAUUAAGGAUGGGAUCACUAUUGAGGCUGGCCGUCGCUGUCACACAGGGGAGGGUCACUUCACUUUCAUGUCCAAGCAGGGUAAUCAGAUCUACAGGGCCAUUGAGGAGGCAAUCAUGCACCAGAGCGUACAAGACCUGCUGUCCAAAGCUACCUCUCAGAUGCAAGAUUCGACAACCCAGCAGCCUCCACCAAGACCGUUAAUAGAUGACCGGAUGAAAGGUUGUCAGGGUUCUCCAACCAGGGGCAUGAAGGACAGACCCUGCCUGCCACUUUCCCGGAGAAAUCUCGCCUUACCGGCUCCUCCAGUACCUAAAGCACUUCCACCACCUCCAGCACCUCCAGCACCUCCGGCACUUCCCGCAGUCUGCACCAAACCCCUAGUAAUACUCAGCAAACCCCCAGCAAUGAGCCCCAAACCCCCAGCAGACACCACUAAAGAAGUUUUAUAUGCCACCAUAAAACCUCAACCAAAGCCCAGGGUCAAAACUGCACCUCCAAAGAUUCCCCAACCUCCCCCUGGGCCCAACUACAGCCCCCCUGAACCAAAGCAGAAACGAGAGGAAGAGAAAGAAACAAAAGAGCGGUACAUAUGCGGCAGUGAUGAAGACCCCGAUUCUGACUACUGUAAUUUGAGGCAGGUGGUUGAAGUGCAGCAGGACAGUCCUGACACAGACACAAUCUACAGUUUGGUAGUGCCUCCCGACAGACAGGAGAACAAAUGCAGCAUGGUGGCCAGCCAAGAUCAAACCACACCCAUGCAAAAUUCUCUCAUCAGCUCCUCUGAAAUCCCCCUCGACUUCAGACAAGUGCUCUCCAAUGUCCUCUUCAAAGACCUGACCCGGAUGACGCCGAGGUCAUACGGAGGGAGCUCUGAACGCUUGGCUAAACUGGACGUUGAGAUGGAUGAUGUGGAUUACUGUGAGAUCAAGAACUGAACUGUUCUCACUUGUAACCCUCACACCUGAAUGUGAAAUAAGAUGGUCAUGCGAGAGUCACUCUCAGUGCUCUCUCUACCAGGCUAAAAGGAGUAUUUCAGCAUUUUUUCAACCUCUGUCUGCUGUGUCUUUUGUAUGUGUUCAGAUGUCAAACCAUGUCAAGCUAUCCUUGAUAAACAGUGAACUUAACUACUAUAACAUGACACAGGUGUUCAAAUGCGCACAUGCAGUUUGUAUAAUCUUCAUAAAAAACAAAUGGAACAGGAUGCUCUGGAGCAGCUACACAUGAGCCUAAGGUUGGCAAGAGGGGUAUAAAUCCCCCCAGCAUUGGGCUGUGAAUCAGUGGAACUGGGUUCUCUGGAGUUACAGAGCUCCAUUACUUUUUAAAAGUGAGUUGGAGCGAUGCACAACUAAUCAUGCAAUAUCAGUACCUGACAUUACCAAUGAUCUAAAGCUACGUUCACAUUGCAAGGCUCAUUUCUCAAAUCCGAUUUUUUGCUUGAGUCUGAUCUCUCUGACACGACGGUUCACACUGGUUUAGUGAUUCAAAUCAUUAUUGUGAACAAACAGGCGUCCUGAAAUGACCCACAUGAACACAUCCUACGUGAAUGAAUCGCGUGCGUCGUGUGCAUCAUCAGCAAACGGACUAACAAGCAGAACGAGCUUCACUGUGAAGAUAACUUCAUUAUUAAGCUUCAUUAUUAGAGUGAGAUGAAGGUGAAAAAGGUGAGAGGAGCUGCUUUUCCACCAUUUAGAGGCUUUAACUUCUGUUUGGCGCUGUUGCCAUGGUAACGCUGAACGAUGGCGCACGUGCAAUAAACUGAUAAUUAAUACCCCUGAUUUCAGAAGAAAUGCUGGAUGAGCAGGUGUCUACUGGACCUUUGGACAUAUAAUGUAUUUCUGUGCACUUCAGCACCUGCCCAUUGACUUUUAGAAGUAUGUUUAGAUUCAAUAAGACGUCAUCCUUUGUGAAUCUGCGGUUUCAAUCAAGGUAUGGUGUAAAUAGAUGGAACAGAAACCAACAAAUGCUUUUUGACUGUUAAAUUUGUUUUUAUUAAACAAUUUUCAGUUAAUAAUAAUAAUAAUAAUAAAAAACACAAAUUACAUCCAUAAAUAGCAGUUGAUUCAUUUGUGGUGGACUUUUUUGAAUUAUGAAAUCAAAAGUAUAUGCAAGUACAUGGUGGACUUCAUGAAA